UACAAGUCCCGUCAUGCAACUUUUAUUUUGUUGUCGUUACGCAGGGAGGAAACGCUCUCAGGGCGAAAACAGAGCGAGCCGCUGCCUCGUGAUGGGGGCGGUUUGGUUUCGUGCCGUCGGUUUCUCCCGUCUCAGACCUGGCGCUGGCGGACAGCCGAUGUGUCACCACGGCGCUUAAAAAACGGAGGCGAACGGAGAUACAUCAUUUUUUAAGUUAUAACCUUUAAAAUAAAAUGGCAGAUGUUGUGGAUGGAGACGACAUUCGUUCCGCCGCCCCGUCGGUGAUCCACUCGUCCUCUCGCGGCGGCUGUGGCGGCUCCGGUUCCUCCUGUAACGACGCUCCUGUCACCGGCGGCCACGCACCGCCGCUGCCGGUCGCCACCGUCGCCUCUGGCCCGCGGCUCGUCCGCAUCGUCAAGUCGGACUCCGGCUACGGCUUCAACGUUCGCGGGCAAGUGAGCGAAGGCGGGCAGCUGCGCAGCAUCAACGGGGAGCUGUACGCGCCGCUGCAGCACGUCAGCGCCGUACUACCGGGCGGCGCGGCGGACAGAGCCGGGAUCUCCAAGGGAGACAGGAUCCUGGAAGUGAAUGGAGUGAAUGUGGAGGGGGCCACUCAUAAGCAGGUGGUGGAUCUGAUCCGAGCGGGGGAAAGGGAGCUGGUACUGGCUGUCCUGUCAGUGCCUCAGCCGGAGACAGAUAGUCUCGACCCCGGAGAUGACGGCUCUGCCCAGUCCUGCUACGACUAUAGCGACAAACAGGCCGUGCCCAUCUCUGUGCCCACCUACAAACAUGUGGAGCAGAAUGGCGAGAAAUUUGUGGUGUAUAAUGUGUACAUGGCUGGCAGGCAGCUGUGCUCCAAGCGCUAUCGAGAGUUUGCCAUCCUGCAUCAAAACCUGAAAAGAGAGUUUGCCACCUUUACGUUCCCCAAGCUGCCAGGAAAAUGGCCCUUCUCACUGUCUGAACAGCAGCUGGACGCUCGCAGGAGAGGCCUGGAGGAAUACUUGGAGAGAGUUUGUUCAGUGCGGGUGAUUGGGGAGAGUGACAUCAUGCAGGAAUUUUUGUCUGAAUCAGAUGAGAACUAUAAUGGAGUCUCUGAUGUGGAAUUGAGGAUAGCCAUGCCAGACAAAACCACAGUAACCGUCCGAGUGCGGAAGAAUUGCACUACAGACCAGGUCUAUCAGGCUGUGGUGAUGAAGGUCGGGAUGGACAGUAUUACUGCCAGUUACUUUGCUCUCUUUGAAGUCAUUAACCACUCCUUUGUGCGAAAGCUGGCUCCGAACGAGUUCCCUCAUAAACUGUAUGUGCAGAAUUACACAUCAGCCAUCCCAGGAACCUGCCUAACACUCCGCAAAUGGCUCUUCACCACAGAGGAAGAGAUACUGCUCAACGACAAUGAACUGGCCAUCAACUACUGCUUCCACCAGGCUCUGGACGAUGUGAAGAAGGGAUUUAUUAAAGCAGAAGAAAAAUCAUACCAGCUCCAGAAACUGGCUGAACAGAGGAAGAUUUCUAUGUAUCUGAGCAUGGUGAGGUCAUGCGAGGGCUAUAAUGAAAUCAUCUUUCCGCACUGCGCUUGCGACUCUCGCCGCAAAGGCCACGUUGUCACGGCGAUAAGCAUCCACCACUUCAAGCUGCAUGCCUGCACCGAAGAGGGCACUCUAGAGAAUCAAGUGAUUGCGUUCGAGUGGGGAGAAAUGCAGAGGUGGGACACUGACGAGGAGGGUAUGGCUUUCUGUUUUGAGUACGCACGAGGCGAGAAGAAACCACGCUGGGUCAAAAUCUUUACUCCAUAUUUUAACUACAUGCACGAGUGCUUCGAGAGGGUCUUCUGUGAGCUCAAAUGGAGAAAAGAGGUUGAAGAGGAGGCAACAGAUAAAGACAAUAAGAACUGUAGUAAAGAUGGUAUGUGUAGUAAGAAUAUCUUCCAACUGUUGAGACACAGAAGGGAUGGAGGCACCUGAGACAUGAACUCAUCGCCCCCUGAAAACACACAAUACACACGUACACAAGCACAUACACUGACAUACACAUGCACACCUGAACAGACUCAAAAGAAGACUGGAUCAAACCACGUCACGUAUGGGUUGACGAUUCCAAGAAAGUCUGCCCACUAACACGCAGCACAUAUUCAAAAGACAACCGAAAUAAAAGGAAACAAAAAGAAACCUUUUCAGAACCACAGUACAAACAUUGAAACAAGCAAAUUGAAGUACUUUUUUCCAGAUUUCAUCCAUUCAUCAUCUCUAAGUCAAGGCUGGACUGACUUGAAUUUUUCUUUCAAUGGCAAAAAGCAUCGACAUGAUCGAAAAGAAGACACUGACAAGACUGUACCAUAGCCUGGCUGGAUUCCGUAAGGAUAUGUGCGUUGUAAUUGGUCGGUGAAACAAGCACUCAAAACUUGAUGGCCUCAUGACAUCAGCCUCUGCGCUGUGAAAGUGACACUCCUAAGAAAGUGACACUCCUAACUCUGCCUCUGAAAUCUGAUUGGUCCUGGUGACUAAUGCAUGCAGCCAGCCUCACAAAGAGAGCCAGUCAUUCUGGCUGCUUUGGCCUGUGAACAUUUCAGCCUCGACUUACGAAGCCUGGAGCCAUGUCAUGGGAAUAAAGUAGCAGAGAGAAAGAAGAUGGAGGUGAGCUUAGAUAUAGCCAGAACCCUCAGUAGUGAGAUUAACUACUUCAUUCUGACACUAACACACGCAUAAACCAUGUGGCAUCGAAUAUGAAGAGCCCCCUUAGAAUGUUUUAAUGUGUUGGCAUAAAGUACCGGGACAACGUCAGGAAGGAAGAGUGGCAUUCAUUCAUAAAUGUAGAUAUAACGACACUCCACAGUUUACAAGGACAAGCAGAGCAGAUGAUAGUGGAAGAGAAAUUUGAAAAAUUGACAAAUGACACGUUACAGGCAGCAAGAAUAUUUACACUCAAGGUUUUUUCUUUCUUUUUUCUGCUUUGUUUCUCCUAUUUAAAGGGGCACUCAGGCCACAAAAAAGAUGACCUUUACUUACACCUGUUGUAGACAUGCCUACUCAAUGCCUACAGUAUAGUUUAAAACAAGAGCGCCCCCUCCUGAUGAUGCGUUGUGAAGGUGGCAAGAAAUGAAAAAACUACAGUAUCUUUAAAGCUGUUACUUGAGGGCUGUUUGGAAUGUGUUUUUCCGUUAGCUGACUAGUUCAGAAAGAAACCAGAUAGCUAGAAUAACUUCUAAGAAGCCUGUAAUUUUUUAGCCUCUGAGAUAGCAGGGUUUCUUUAUCACCUUGGAUGUAUGAUGCAUGCUGGGUAUUGUAGUGAGAGAACAUUGGCUGAAAUGGAUAAACACAAUACCAAAUUGUGAAUUCUGUGAAACCAGUGAGGCUGAGGGAAGCAAAGAAUACUACAUGACGACAGAUAAAUGCCAGCUGUAGGCUGGAAUGCCCCUUUAAGUUUUCUAGGCUAUACUCUUCAAGAUGGUUCUUCAAGGGUUCUUUAGUAAACAGAAUUGUUCUAUAUAGAACUAUGAACAAUCAAAGAACCCUCUGCAGGGUUGCAUCGUAAAAGAGUUCCUCAGACUGAUGGAGAGCGUGCUAUAGAUGGUUCUAUAUCAGACCCCCAAGAGUGUUCUUCUAUUGUUUCAAGCUUAUCAAUAGAAGAACCCUUUUGGGUGCAACAUAGAACCCUUUUUUAAAAGGUUCUAUGUAGAACCAUCUAUAGCACAUUCAGGGAGAUUUUUCAGUUUGAAGAAUCUUUUCAUGAUGCAAAGAACUCUUUAAUCAAGCAGAGGGUUGUUUGACUGUUCAUAUUCCUAGACAGAACCAUUUCCUUUACUAAAGAACCCUUGAAGCACCGUCCUUUUUAAGAGUUGUAUUUUAUUUAUUUAUUUUUCUUAUCAUGGGCUUCAGUGUGCAUUUUUCUGUUUUGUUCUGCUUUUUGUUUUUAAAAAAAUUGGACAAAUGAGCUGUUAACAGUAUUAUGAACAUGGUCUAAACCUAAAAUAGAGUUUUUAUUUUUAGAGCGCGGCUGUACAAUAUUUUUUUUUAAAACUGGCCUAAUGCUGCUUUAAAGUUGUCUUGGUUGUAUUAGAAAAAGGUGUUUUCCCACCAGGCGACACCACAUGACACAGUGCACAAUAAUUAUUUCUUUUUAAUUUUGAAGAUAUUUUACAUCAAACAGAAUGCGCUGUAAUGUGGUGAGAUACAACAAUAUACACUCGUAACCGACACAUCAAACCUGCUGAUGCACAUCUUGCUCACUCUACUCUCUCAGUCUGGACAAAUAUUAUGCAAAAGAGCUGAGUGACAACUAAUCAGAUUGUUUUUAUGUGAUAACUGAUUGGGUCACACCUGUGGUCAAGCUCCACUUUGAGAUUUAAGACUCAAACUGAUGAUACGAUGAAAUGAUACGAUCUUUAAAACCACUGGAACAUCAUUUUUUUAUGUUAAUAUGUGGCUUCGGGGCUCAGAAGCAGCCUACAACACCUCGAUUUAGGGGUCCAACGUGAAAGCGUGUGUUUUAGCAGUGCAUCUGCAAGUUGCCAAAAGUUAGCGAAGAAAGUGAUGCUGCUCGCUGCAAAAAAAGCAGCGUUAAUCUAAACAAUGGAUGUCUACAGCUGAUUUUCUGAAACUAAUAUCAGUAAGAUUUAAAAAUUCUAACUUGACAGUAUAUCAGUCACACAGGUUUUAACUAUGCUCAAACUAUUUUACAGUUCAGUUCUUUUAUUUUUAUUUUGAAAUCUGGGACUGCCCCCUCCCCCACCCACCCCCAUUUCACUUGUCGACUGCCUUCUGGAGUCGGUUGAUGUACUGAAGAAUUGGCAAAGUUGUGAGGCAUUUUCAUCAUGGCCUGUUAAAUAGGCAAGGAGUCCAACAAUGGAAAACAAUCAGAUAACUCUAUAUAAAUAUAAAUGGUAAACGUACAUUUAAAACAUGUACAAGUAUCCCACAUUUUAUUUCUGCUACAAUUUAGUUCAGAAACGGCAAAAAAACCAAAACCAGUAGAUGCCCUCUAGUUAAUAAACAAUAGCAACCAUUUCGUGACCUUCAUGCAAAUUGGGUGAACAACUGAUUUGCACUUGAAAGCAGCAUUAGCCAAGCCUCAAAAUCAGGGGUCUCAAACUAAAAUGACCUGCCAGAUGAGAGGCCUCAAAAAAAAUGCAGGGAGGGAAAAAAAAAGGAAAAAUGGUUCCUCUUAGUAUGAUUUUUGAUCAUAUAAAGGUCUUUGUGAUGUUGUAAAAUAAUAUAUGGUAUGAAUUUUAUCUACGUAACAUGCGCAUCGCACCCAAGCAAUUCUGUCAGAACAAACAGCUACUACAAAAAAGUAAUAUAAAAGUAUUGUAGCUGUUAUUAUAAUACUGAUUAUUAGUCAUAAUAAUAUACAAUAAAUAAUAUAAACGAAUAGUGUUUAAUACAUAUUUUGGUGUUUUUAGUUAAAUAAUGCACUGAAUUUAACAGUAGCAUUAUACAUGACUCUUAUUUUGAUAGCAGAAUGCAAGUGAAGUAAUUGUAAGAUGUUGCCAAAACAAGCGGUUAAAUAAAUCCAUUCAUUUCAUAAUUCUGAUGCGCUGUGUCUACACAUUUGUUAUGAAUCCACGAUGGCAGAUUAAACUAACCAUCAGUCCAAAUUAGAUUAAUAGCCAAGUUAUUUAGAGCUUAUUUGUAACCAUUCCUGCAGAGUUCAUGCUUCAAAAGCGUCCUCUUUAAUGCAGCACUCUGUUUUUGCUUUUACCAGUGUGAGUAUCCUAAGCUGAUAUUAUAUAGCUUAUGAUGGGUAACCAGUCACUGUUUGUGGUUUAAGAAGCAGAUCUAUAAAUAUUUAACCACAGAAUAUUAAAUGAAUUGGGCCAGAUUUUAAGCUACACCAAGUACAUUUGGGGAAUUUGGAGUCCUCUUUGAUGGAAAUGUGUAGUUGCAUACAACAUGCGGAAGAGCAUUUUUGAGCAAAGUUGGCUGUGCUUCAGACCCGUUCGCCGAGCGGAUGACUCUGAUCAGUGUGUUAAAAGAACGUUCAAAGAGAACUCAGUCAAAACUUGGUGGAGAACGUGUCUUCUGAGGCUGUAAAUAUGUGACGAGCCGUAUGAGGCGGUCUCGCAGGCUGGUAGUUUGAGACCCCUGCUCGAGAUGGAUUAAAAAGGUGGAACAAGUAGCAGUUUUUUAUUGUUUUUGGAUGAUUGUGUGUCUUUUAAUGUUCUGUUGUUUUAAGCACUGCCAAUGCUGUAAAGCCUGAAGUCUCACACUGGAUAUAUCCAGUGCAGUUAUACAACACUAACUUGAGGCAUCUUCUGCAAUGGGACGUCUUUAUAUGAGCGUUUGUUUGUCCAGUGUGUGUCCGUCUCUGUUUUGAAGCCAUCUUUAUUUAAAAAUUCAUUAUUUUGAAGGGGAUGCUUUUUAUUUUUAGUUCCACAGAUGCGUUAAACAAGUGUUUUUCAUUGCUUUGUGUGCUUUUUGUUUUGUUUGUCGUAAGUGUGGAAUUUUGGGGUUCAUUUUCUCAGUGUGAGCCUUAGCUACAGUAGCUAGUUUAACUCACAGAGGUUCCAUUGCCUUUCCCCAUUACUGCCAUUUGUCCUCAUUGUAUACUUUUUUUUUGUUUGUUUCCUUUAGCGCAGGCGCAUAAGAACUGGGUACGACAGCCCAGUGAGGUUUUGCACUUAAUAGUAUUAUCUGUGUGUUUGUGAAACGGAGCGAUUGUGGCAUCUGCAGUUCUGUUUUCGCUUUUAUUUCCACUCAGUCUGAGCUUUUGUGAAUCACCUGGUUCAUUAACUCAAAAAGAGCAAUCUGAUUUAACAUCUUUUCUUUCUGUUUCAGACAGUGUUUCAGAUGCUGCAUAUCAUGUGUUGCCAAUCUUUUUUUUUUUUUUUGUCAUGUCCUCUAGUUCUCUGGUUUAUACAGAGUGAUUCAAAGAUUCAUCCGAAUGUAAUGUAAAGAUAAUCCGAUAUGUAAUUAUAAAAGUGCUCAAACUGACCACCUCCAGCUGUACGAACAACAUCACUCCCUUAGUCAGAUUCAUCCCAUACUCGACUGAGCAUGUCGGCUGUUGCUGUACUCACGGCUCUUUCAGUGUGAUUUCGGGGAUCCUCCAGCAACGUUGAGAGUGGCACAUAAACAGAAUCCUUAACGUAUCCCCACAAAAAAAGUCACACGCCGUGAGAUCUGGUGAUGCUGGUGACCUUUUUCUUGGAACUGUUGGUAGAAAUGACGAAUGCUCUAAGCUGUUGGAGGUUCACUUCCUAUACUGACAGUCAGAAACUCUAUGACCUCCUCUUGCAAUUGGUAUGUGAUUGGUUCCUAGAUGGCUCUUGGUUGUAAAAAAAUAUGGUGCUUUGAAUCGGAUUAAUCUUUUUGAAUCACCCUGUAUAUUGAAUAUCUCUCCAAAAUAUCACAUUAAAAGAUCAUUCUACUGACAUGUCUUUAGUGUAGUGUUGAAGACCAUGGACUGAUCAUUUUGACACAUUUUCCUGCACUGAAGAAUCCAAGGAAGUGCUAUAAAAAUACAUCAUUUUUAUUAACAUUUACUGACAGAAUUACGCAAAGACUUUUACUGUUAUAAGGGCAUGUUUACACUUAGCAGGUUCGGUUGCAUUGAAAUGAACCUGGGUGCAAUUGCUCUGUCAGUGCUGUUUAUUAGAAUCAUGGCUUGCGUAUCUCAGUACAGGUGAAUGCAUUGUUAUUGUAGUCCAUGGUAAUCAACCAUCUGAUAUGCAGAAGGAGAUUUUUCUUUAAAGAAAUCUGGUGCUUGCUAACGUGCAAUAUCGAAAUACACUAUAUGGCCAACAGUAUGUGGAUGCCUGUAAAUAUUGAGUUUUAAGUGGUGUAAAAAAUCAAGCACAUGCCAUGCGGUCUCUAUAGGCAAACACAUACUGAUAAGCUCAGUGACUUUAAAUGUGCCACUUAAUAGAAUGUCCUCUUUGCCACAGGUCAGUUUGUGAAAUUUCUACUAUGCUAAAUCUGCCCCAGUCAACUGUAAGUGCUAUGAAUAUGACAUGGAAGCAGGGGGUUAAGUAUGGGAUGUCCAAGUUCAUAUAGGUGCGAUGAUCACCUACUUUUGGCCAUAUAGUGAAUAUUGACCGAGUCUGUGUAAAGCAUUUGUGGGUCUGUUUCCAAUAACAGGAGUCUGUCUAUGUCUCAGGCUCUGUCACAUGGCAAUAUCUGUCUUUGUAUCAUCCUCUUCCUCCUAACCAGCAACAUCUUGCUUUCUCUCUCAUUCGCACAUCAAUGCUGUUUCUUGCGUGCGCCCUGCUUGCCCUGGCCGUCAGCUUCUCUCUCCGACUGAAAAAAGCUCUAAUUUAUUUGAAUAAGAUAUCAGGCAGGAUCUUUCCAUGUACAGUAUUUUCAGUAGCACAUGUUUUCAGCUAAUCUUCUCAGAUGAAGUGCAUAGAGCAUUAGCAGAGUUGCUCUCACUGACAGAAUGCUAUUGAACCGAACUAAAAUCAUGUGCGAUACCUUCAGCAAAGCAGAAAGUAUCACAGCAAUGUUUGAAGAAAUGAAAUGAAUAAACUUUAAAAAAAUAAAUUUGGUAAAGUUUGGUCACAUAGCAUUAUAAUAAAUUGUAACAUAUUCUUUUAAAUAAAGCGAUUUAACAAGG